AUGGCCGACGUGAUCCAAGUCGCGUACUCUGGCCGCAUCGCCACCAUCACCAUUAGCAAUGAGAAGAAGCUCAACGCCCUCAACAGCGAUGGCUACUACGCCCUCGCAAAAGCCAUGAAAGAAAUCGCCGAGCGCGACGACAUCUAUAUCACCGUCCUCACCGGCAAGGGCCGCUACUUCUCCGCCGGCAAGGACCUCACUGACAGCAAACCCAAACCCAAAAACAGCGGCGCCGACGUCGGCUCCUUUGGCGGUUCCAAUGCUCCCCCGCCCAACGCAGAAGUCUACCGGACCUACCUCUCCGGCUUCGUCUCCAACAACCUCAACAUUGCGCGCGCCUUUUACACGCACCCCAAGAUCCUCGUCGUCGCCCUCAACGGCCCUGCCGUCGGCCUCUCCGCCGCCCUGACGGGCUUCGCCGACUUUGUCUACGCCGUGCCGAGCACCUUUCUCCUCACCCCGUUCACCUCGCUCGGCCUGGUCGCCGAGGGCGGCGCCUCGCACGCCUUUGUCCAGCGCCUGGGCAUCGCCAAGGCCAACGAGGCCCUCAUCAUGAGCAAGCGGAUCCCCUGCGACGAGCUCGUCGCCGUCGGCUACGUCAACAAGGUGUUCCCGCCCGAAAACUUCCUGCGGGAUGUGUACAGCGAGAUCGACGACCGGCUGGGCAGCCACCUUAUCGGCUCAAGCCUCACGGGUAUCAAGGCCCUCAUCCGCGCGCCCGAGCGCGACAUCCUAGACAAGCAGAACGUGCAGGAGGUCUUUGCGGGCUUGGACCGCUUCGUCAAGGGCAUCCCGCAAAAGGAGUUUGCGGCCAUUGCGUCGGGCAAGAAGAGGCACAAGCUGUAG